UUAAAGUGAGUUGCGCUACUAUAUAUACUGUGGCAGUACAUUACACAGUCCGGUGUGUUUUACAAAAAACAAGAAAUACAAAAACUGUUUCGAUGUGCAAGACGUUCUUCUAGAACGAUCUAAUUUUAUAUCUUACAUAUAUUUUGUAUUUAAGCUUUUUUAUAAAUCUUGAUGUAAAAAAUGGAUAAUACUGCAAUUAAUGUUGCAACGAUAGGACCUGAACAAAUAAAGUAUUAUCAUCACAUGUUACUCAAUAAUGUACUCGUCCAGUUGAUAUGUUACAGAAGCUUGAGCACAAUGAAAAACAAGUUAAGAUAUGGAAUGAAUAUAAGGAUAAAUACAAAAAAAUCAUAGAGGGACUUCAAGUGUAUCCGUUAUCUCUCUCAGAGAAAUGUAUGAUACCUGUUGGCAAAUGGGCGUUAAUAAGAGGAAAGUUAACCCAUACCAACGAAGUCUUGGUUUGUUUGGGAUCUGGCUACUUUGUGAGAUACAGUUCAUCACAGGCAAUUGCAUUAUGCAACAGAAGAAUAGCAUAUGCGGAUGAAAUGUUGAAGAACUUGGAAACUGAAAGAAACUUCUAUGAAAUGAAACAAAUUCUACCCUUAAAUAAUGAUGUCUUUGAAGAAAAGGAUAGAAAAGACAUACUGGAAUAUUGGAAUGAAGAUAAACUCGAUGAGUGGAGAAUACAACAUAAACAGCGUGAGAAGGAGUAUCGUCAGAAAUUAACAAACCUGAGAGAAAAGGAGGAAAUCGAUAUUCAUACUGAGGAGCAUCUUUUUAAGAGACUCGAUGAAUUAGAAUUAGAAGAAGAGUUAGAAGAUGAAAUAUGCAGAUUGGAAACUGAACAAGAGAAGUUUUAUAAUGAUGAUUUGGAAAAUGGUGAAGUUUAUGAUGAAUCAGACGAUACAUCAUCUGAAUCUGAUGUAAUCACAACAGAGAUGAUUGAAAAAGAAUUGAGAGAAAAGGUGCUUCAAAGGAACAAGGUUACAGGCCAUACAUUGGAACUCAAUUCUGACGUGAUGCAAAAUAAAAUUCUUAACACAAAUCCUGUGAAAAGUGAACUAUCUGAUGUAAUUAUAAAUUCUGAUCAAGAAAGAUCACUGGAAUUUAGAAAUACGUCCCCAAGCGUACAUAGAAGGAGGGUAUCUUUUGUUGAACCAUGUGCUGUGGAAAAUGAAGAUAACACAGAGAAAGAAAUAUCUCAAAGAAUUUGUUUCACGCCGCAAGAUGACACACAUGAUGAAGACUCUGAGGAUGAAAAUGACAUCGUUAGAAUAGAGUUUUCACACUCGUCCUAUAUCCCGGAUAUAACUGAACCAAAUACAGAGAUAAUGAGUCCAGGAGAUAUUUAUAAAGUAUUUGGUACUCCCAAGUCCAUCUUGAAAAGAUCUCCAAACGAUAUGAUUCCCAACCAGAUUUCAUCUCCUUUACAAGAAGAUAGCAGUACAGAAACAGAGGACGAGAGUGAUCAUAAUAAAUACAGUGUAUACAAUUCCGUAAUCAAAGAAGUCGAAGACAGGAAAAUAUCUACAAAUAUCGUAAACAAUACUUCAAAGAAAACAGACAAAAAAGAAAUUGUAAGCAGAUUUAAACUUUCACGAUCUAAAAGAAACGAUAUAUGAGUAUAUGUAUGUAAUAACUUUUUUAUUUAACGCGAAUAUUAGAAUAAAAUUAUUUUUAUUUUAUGACGUUUAAAACAAUUUAUUAAUAUGAGGUAUAUGAAAAUAUACAUGAUGGAGUCGGCGAUAUAGCGAAUCCGAGCGAGAUUAGCGAGCCCGAUCUGUAUUCGUACAUCUUAUUUCGUCAAUGGACGUGACGAUGGAUGUACUUUUUUCUGCAUUUUUUAUAUACUUUUGCCUGGUGAUUUGUUUAUUCAUUAUCGUACUAUCUUUUGAAUUUAACGUGUUGUUAUACAGUACAUGAUUAAUAACUUGUGUGGUGAAAAAUAGGAAAACACGGGCUAUUUAGGAUAGGUCUCUCACGCGAACAACAAUAACACGACCUUACGUAUUAUAGGCGAGGUUUUAACGAAUUUCUAGGGAGUAAAACCUGUACUUUUCGUUGGAGUUGCAUUUAAAAAUUGUUGUACUCAACCAACAUGUUUAAACUAAUUUUAAAUAUGUGACGCGGAAAGUUUGAUGAACAAUGUAAUUAUAUAUGAUGCCGUCAAUUCGUUCCAUUUGACCAUUGCUUUGUGCCAUACCUACUGUCAAUAUAUGUUCAACUUUCUCGUCAUUGCAAUAUGUUUUAAAAUCAUUUGAUAUGAAUGUAGUACUAUAGUUUGUAACAAUGCAAAGAUAGUUGCUUGUUUAGUCAAACGCUCUAUUUACCUUAGCAGUUGAUUGUUGAUCGAGUAGGAUAAAGCCAUACAAAUUUACUAUCAAUAACUAGCAGAUGAGCAUUCUUUCGAGUGCUCGGAGUCGGUCCGACGUGUUUAUCAAUAUGAUAAACAUCAAGAGGAGCAUAGAUAAAUAUCACCUUUAUCUAUGCUAUGCAACUUCCAACUUGUCAUGCAUGCGUCCAGCUAAUAUACACGACAAACAAUUUUUUAAUAGCUUUUUCUUGAUUUUAUCACGUAUAUGCGAGUUAACCAGGAUUCUUUCUUAGACGUUCCAUUUUAUGCAUAGAAAAGUGAUAUCCAUGAGUUUAUUUAAUUAUAUCAUACUGCAUAGAUUUAGGUACUAUUAACUAGCAUGGAUCUAUGCGAAUAAGUAAUCUCAGAUGCUAAAAAUUAUUUCUGACUUUUCAGUUCUGACGGGUUUGUCACAAUGAAUGUUCAAUUCGCUUUCUCUCUCUCUCUUCCAUUCAAAACAAUUACUUUCUUGCAAUCGUUUGUAUAAAUUUUCAAAAACGUAACGUGAUGAUUAAUAAAGUAAUCUUUGUGCAUAA